AAGGUUGAGUGGCAAAUUUUAGGGUUCACUUGUCAAAGAGUUGGCUGCCAUGGGAGGAUACAAGCACUUGGUGAUUUUUAGGUUUAAGGCAGGAGCUGAGGUAGAGGAGAUUAUGAAAGGCUUGGAGAAGCUGGUUUCUGAAACUGAUCUUGUCAAGUCUUUUGAAUGGGGAAGAGAUUUGGACAACCCAGAGAUUCUUACACAAGAGUUUACUCAUGCUAUUUCAAUGACUUUUGACAAGAAACAAGAUUAUGAUGCAUUUCAAAACCUUCCUAGUCAUAUUGAUUUUUCUCUUACAUUUUCUACUGCUGUUCAGAAAAUUGUUGUGCUUUGUUUCCCUUCUGUUCAGGUUAAACCAGCUGUUGCAUGAUCUAUGAGAUCUAGAAAUAAUCAGAAAAAAAAAUUUGGUAUUUGUGGUAUUUUUAUUAUAUAUAUAUAUAAGAUUAUGUGGGUAUUAUUAAUUUCCUGCAACUAGAUCUCUCAUUGUAAUUCACCAUCAACUUUUGUAUCAAGCAAAUGUUCUGUUGUUGCAUGUUCUUCA